AUGAAUAACAUAGUUGUUGUCAUUUCGGGAUGCCCAGGAUCAGGAAAAACUACAUUGGCUAAAUAUUUAGCAAGAAGUUUAGAUGGGAUUUUGCUAAGUUAUGAUGACAUUUUAAGAGAAUUAGGAAACUUUUCAGUGGAAAAUUUCCAUCAAGCAAGAAUCUUAUUCCUCGAAAGAUUUUUAGAAAUUAUGAAUAAUUGUGAUAGCAAAAUCAUAUAUAAUUAAUUGCCUUGUAUUAGCUUUAUUAUCAACAAUUUAAUUUUUUUUUAAAUAUGAUUGAAUUAAGUAUACUAAUUGAUGAUGUAAAUCAUUUGAAAUCUCUAAUCAAGCCUUACAAAAGAAUUGCACAGCAGCAUUCAAGUAAAUUCUUGCAUUUAAUAAUUGAUAUUUCUCUUGAAAACGCGCUCAGCCAAAAUUUACAGAGAGAAAAUCAAGUAACUGAGGAAGUUUUGAUAACUCAUUAUGAGAAACUUCAACAAGAAAAGUUUUGGAAAAAUUCAAAGCAUAUUCAGUCUCAAGAGAUAGAAAAAAUGAGCCAAAAGGCAAUUUUACUGACAAAUGAAGCAGAAGUUUUGAGGCCUAGAGAAUUGAUAUCUGUCCCUCAGCAGCAGUCUUUGAUGCAUGAAAUAGACAUUGAAUUGCGGAAAUGUGUAAGAAGCUUAAUUUUGGCUGUGCCUGAUCUACAAAGGAAAGAAUUUGCAGAAUUAGCAAAUAAAACUAAACAAGACGUUAUGGCACUGAUGUCAAAAAUUCCUGAGCCAACAUUAGAUUAUGCUAAAUGGCAGUUUGAGUCAAUCAUUUCUCUUAAAAUUAGGAAAUAG